ACGCGGCUCGGAGCUCGAAUUCCUCUGGGCUUGCUCAGCAAGAGCUCGGGCUGCGGUAUCUGCUCCGGGGGAGCGGGUGACUCAUAGAGCCUCAGCGAGGUGUCAUAAAAACUACCGCGGCAGAGCAGCGAGGCUGAGACAGAGAGACAGACGGGGAAUGGGUAGGUGCAGAAAACAAAACAGCGAGAGAAACCGAAAUACUGCAGACGUUUAAAAAAGUUUCCAAGAAAGACUCCGUGCUUUUUUUUUUAUAAAAGAUUAUUAUUUUUUUUUAAACACCGCCUACUUUCUUAGUAACCGUUGGGUGCUGCAAAGACAAGCGAAAACAAACAGAAGUUGUACCUGCUGCACGUUUACCGCUUCUCACCUGUACUGACGCUCGUCUCUCACCCCAGUGAAGAUGCGUUACCAGCGGCUCGCCCUGCUUCUCUCCACCGCAGCGCUUUCAGUCCUGUCUGCAGUGCUGGACCGGGCCGACUCCGACACCGAGGCCGUGGAUUACUUGAAGAACUACGGCUAUCUUCAAAAGCCCCUCGACAACCCGUCUCACUCCUUCCAACCGGAAGAGAUCGAGGAGGCGCUCAGGGUCUUCCAGGCUGCGAUGCAGCUGCCUGUGACUGGGGAGAUUGACAAGGCCACUCUGGCAAUGAUGAGCCAGCCACGCUGCGGCAUGGAGGACCCCUUCAACCAGAGGACCUUCAAGUACCGGCUGCUGGGCCGUUGGCGCAAGAAUAAUCUGACCUACCGCAUCUAUAACCACACCCCUGAUCUGGGAUUGGCCGAGACCCGCGCUGCCAUCAAAUCAGCUUUCGAGUACUGGAGCGAGGUCAGCCCCCUGACCUUUCGAGAGGUGCUGUCGGGGCGGGCGGACAUCAAGAUCUCCUUCCACAGGAAAGGACAGUACUGCUCCGUCUCCUUCGACGGACCAGGCCGUGUCCUCGCCCACGCCGACAUCCCCGAGUCAGGGACGGUCCACUUCGACGAGGACGAGUAUUGGACAGAGGGGGUGAGCAGCGGGGUCAACCUACGCAUCAUCGCGGCCCACGAGAUCGGCCACGCCCUGGGGCUGGGACACUCUCAGUAUGCCAGCGCUCUGAUGGCCCCCGUGUACACCGGCUACAAGCCCAGCUUCAGACUGCACAGCGAUGACAUCCGGGGCAUCCAGGCUUUGUACGGUAAGGGGGUCUCCACAGCUCCCAGAAUCCCAAUAAAGCCCCCCAGUGCCUCUACCGCGCCCCCUGUGGUAGUCCCAGAGCAGCAGGGAGACAAGCCUGACCCCUGCAUUGCAGACCUGGACGCCAUCAUGCUGGGUCCCUUUGGAAAGACCUACGCCUUCAAGGGUCACUAUGUGUGGACAGUGACUGACUCGGGGUAUAACCCUCCCAUCAAGAUUAGCAUGCUGUGGAAGAGCCUGCCAGGAAACCUCAACGCAGCCGUGCACUCCCAGAAAACCGACAAGACCUACUUCCUGAAGGGUGACAAGGUGUGGCGCUACACUGAUUUCCAGCUGGACAGUGGCUAUCCCAAACAACUGACCCGAAUCCCAGCCAACAUCGACGCUGCCUUCUACUGGCAGGGCAACAACAAGAUCUUCUUCUUCAAGGACGAUGGUUACUGGCAGUGGGACGAGAUGAGCUACAAUGACCUGAGCGUGUACCCCAAGCCCAUCUCCAGCCUGUUCACCAGGGCGCCCGCCGGGCUGGACGCAGCACUCACCUGGACCAACGGCAAGGUGUACUUCUUCAAGGGAGACCAGUACUGGAGGCUCAACAAGCAGCUGAUGGUGGAACGAGGCUACCCCCUGAGCAAGGCGGAGCGCUGGAUGCAGUGCCACAAGUAGAACCGUCCACGACUCAAAACACCCAACAGGGCUGCCUUAGAAAUAGGACGUUUCCACUAGAAGCCUUUCUCACUGUCAUCUCACAGAGUUUCUCUUUGGUACCCCCCUCGACCCAUUACUUUGUAAUGAGCAGAACUGGUUCAGUAGAGAUGGGCUGUGGGGGUUGGACUAAUUGGACAGAAACAACAAUAGCUUUGUUCACCUGUUUUGAAAACGUAUUCAAAGUAAUCCACAAGACUAAUCUCGUUUCUAAUGUUUUCCGACACUAGAAUGUUUUUUAGCAUUUGUGAAUGGUCACAGAAGACACCGAGACAGACUUCCAGUGGAACUGUUUAUCAUUGAAUCCACUGUAUGCUACAGUGAUGCAGACUCGGGGAAUAUGGCUCUCUGUAUUUCCUCUGCACAGGUACAGGAGUUUUAUACAGUAAUGAUCAAGCUACUUCUUACUAGGACCACUCGGGGUUUUAAAUUAAAAUCAAUUCAAACGAGAAGCUGUGCUCUGAUCUCGACAGACUGGGAUCCAUGCAGUUCUCUUGUCAGUUUUUUUUUUUUUUUUAUAUGUAUACAAUUUUUUUGGUUUCUGUUUUUCCACAGCCUGUAAAUAAAUAGCAAACACAGACGUGCGAGAGUGAUGGUUACUGGUUAACCAUGCAGUUAUUUUUUUUAAAUAAACGUUUUGGGAAGGCUGGAGUUAUAGAUUUUUGAUAACAAAUAAAAAAUAUAUAUAUUAAAAAAAAAAAAAAA